ACUCAGGCGGGGGUGAUGUUUCCGAGCAUGCUGCUCCUGCUGCUGGCGGCCGCCCUGGCCCUGAAGGAGACCGGAGCCGGCUCACACUCGAUGCGGUAUUACCACACUGCCUUGUCCCGGCCCGGCCUCGGGGAGCCCCGGUUCAUCUCUGUCGGCUACGUGGACGACACGCAGUUCCUGCGCUUCGACAGCGACACGAAGAAUCCGAGAUACGAGCCUCGAGUGUCGUGGAUGGAGCAGGAGGGGCCGGAGUAUUGGGAGCGGGAGACACAGAAAGCCAAGGGCAAUGAGCAGAGAUUCCGAGUGAGCCUGAGGACCGCGCUGAGCUACUACAACCAGAGCGCGGGCGGCUCUCACACCUUCCAGUGGUUGUCUGGCUGUGACGUGGGGUCGGACGGGAGCCUCCUCCGCGGGUAUCUGCAGUUCGCCUACGACGGCCGCGAUUACAUCGCCCUGAAUGAAGAUCUGAAAACGUGGACAGCAGCGGACACGGCGGCGCUGAAAACCCGAAGCAAGUGGGAGAAGGAUGGAGCUGCAGAGAUGUACAGGGCCUACCUGGAGGGCGAGUGCAUGGAGAGGCUCCGCAGAUACCUGGAGCGCGGGAAUGCGACGCUGCUGCGCACAGAUCCCCCAAAGGCACAUGUGACCCAUCACCCCAGAUCUCAUGGUGAUGUCACCCUGAGGUGCUGGGCCCUGGGCUUCUACCCUGCUGACAUCACCCUGACCUGGCAGUUGAAUGGGGAGGAGCUGACCCAGGACAUGGAGNUUGUGGAGACCAGGCCUGCAGGGGAUGGAACCUUCCAGAAGUGGGCAGCUGUGGUGGUGCCUGUUGGGAAGGAGCAGAAUUACAUAUGCCAUGUGGAACAUGAGGGGCUGUCUGCGCCCCUCACCCUGAGAUGGGAUCCUCCUCCACCCACAGACUCCCACAUGGUAAUCAUUGCUGUUCUGGUUGUCCUUGGAGCUGUGAUUAUCAUUGGAGCUGUGGUGGCUUUUGUGCUGAAGAGGAGGAGACACACAGGUAGGAAAGGGCAGGGUCUGAGUUUUCUCUCAGCCUCCUUUAGCAGUGUGCUCUGCUCAUUAUUGGGAAACACGGCCACACCCCUCAUUGCUACUGUCUCCAACUGGGUCAGCUGUCAGUUCUGGGAACUUCCUCGUGUCAAGAUCUUCCUUGAACUCUCACAGCUUUUCUUCUCACAGGUGGAAAAGUAAGAGACUACGCUCCGGAUCCAAGUUAGUGUAGGGGACAGGAUUGUCCUGAGGCCAUUAAAGUGAAGCUGGAGAUGUUAGGAGCUCUGGGAAUCCAUAAUACUCCUCCAGAGAAAUCUUCUGGGAACCUGAGUUGUACUGUGAUAUGAAUACAUACAUUUACAUAUGCAUAUACAUUUGUUUUGUUUUACCCUAGACAGGGACAG